GAGCAGAUAGACGAGAUGAAGAAAUGGUUCCAAGCUUUCAAAGACCAAAACAAAACAGAAAGAGAUUAUACAAAGUACUUCAAACCAGUGCUGUGCUAUCUGGAGGGAGCCUGGACAUUCAGCGAAGAGUUGGAGGAACCGUUCCCCAGUGACAGGCAUCAAAUAGAAGCUAAAUCUUGGCAGGAGUUGCACCAGAAGAUCCGCUUCAUGUCACAGACUGGGUUAAGAAGCCGGCUGGAGAAUCUAGCCUUUCUCCCCACAACAAUCAUGUCUGUUGAUGAGACAACAGGCGAACCCGCAUACGCUCAGUGGAACUAUCGGAUUCUGUGCAGUCCGGUUGGUUUCGACAUCCCACUGUCACAUUUUCACCAGGAGAACGACCUGGCUUUUCAGAUGAGCUCUAGCAUCAAGAACGAUCAUGUUCGAGAAACGAGAGCAGCAAGGUUCAAAUUGUUCGACGGUGAAAAAGAUCAGAAACACUCGAUUCUGGACAAGAUUUUUGCAUCCAUCCCCGGGAAAGAUAACUAUGGAGCGAACUUGACCCUGCAAGCUUUUGAUGAUGACAUUUAUGAUGCGUCCAAAGAGUCGAACCUACUGCUGAACACGGGCUACUACCACAGGUCUUAUAAACUCUACAAGAAAGGGGCCAGUGGCCUUUCUUUCGCGCCGCUGGGUUUCAACGACGAGAACAUGUGGAUGGCACAGACAACACAAGAAAACAUUGCUCCAGUUCAAUCGAAGCGCUGCUCUGUUGUUCAGGUGAGAGCGGCAACAUUCAAGAAGGUGUGUUCGAGCUCCAUGGUUCGAGUCUCCCACGCCAUUCCUCUGGAGAUCAUCUACUUGACACCGCUGCUCUCGUGGAACCCUUACACAAUCACGUACAAUACCGACCCGGCCGAUACUGUAAAACUCUACACGUAUGUUCUAGCAAAGGACGGCAGGCCAAAGAAGGUGGCAGCUUCGGGAACAAGAAUUAUUCUACAAAAUAUAGAAGGAGUCGGCAAAAUUAGGCUCAGAUACCCUAUUGCACCCGUACACGGGGAAGGCAGCCCUGUGUGGAAGGAGCUGAAUGCGCUGAAGGAUAAAGUGUCAGAUACAGGCAAGGCUCCUCCAUCGACUGUGUUGUUUCAGAUGACAGAGACGACUCGAAACCCGCCAGGGGAGCACACCCACGAUGUCACUAUCACCUACGAUGAGUUUCUCAUGCUGCAUAAACGAAUGACGGUUAAUGUGACGUCAGAUGUCGCUCAAGGACACGCCCACAAAUUGGUUUUGACCUAUAAACCUUCCAGAAAUUACACGUACAAAACUUGCGGUGGCUACUCGCGCUGCUGGGACGGACAUCCCCGACCUUUAACCCUCAUGACGGACAACGAACACAUUACACAAGCAAUCAGCGCACGAAAUUCGCAAUCUGGCAUGUGGAAUACUGGCAGUUCCCAAAAGUAUUAUGAUUACUGCCACAACAACCUUGAGUGCCUCAAGUCCAUUGUGUAG